AUGCCUUUUCAUCGGAUCAGUCAAUGGACCAGGAGAUUCUUCGAGGGCACUUCCUUAACAAAGAUAGGGUUGGAAGUUCACCUUGGCCAUGCAGGCGAGCCUUGUCCCGGACUGACCGACGAGUGGUGCGAUACAGAUGAUGAGGGAGACCAAUUGACUGAAGGCCCAUGGAUACCCUUGGUUAACGAUCCUCGGACGACCACGGUGGUAGAUACUUCUGGGCUCCACUCCAUGAUGAUCAGAUUCUGUCAGUGCACUGGUGCACUGAGCCCUGACAUGCAACUAUUUGAGACUGGCCUCUUCCCUGUGUCUUUCACUUCGCUGAAGACAGCAUUCACAUUUGUGGUGUUGGACGACUUCCUGCUGGACAACCUGGAAUGCGGGACAUCGGCAAUGAACUACUACAGUAAAUUAAGGCGAAUCACCUCAAGCGUGUUUCCUCAUCUGGUUCCAGACCGGUACAGAGAAUUGAUGAGGGUCGGCAGGCAGUGGAGACAAGUGAAGCAGCUCAAGUGGCAUGGGUUUGGCCAUGAGAAGCGACAGCCGAAGGCAGGGGAGCUUGCACUCUUCUGUCCUGCAUGUCCUCAGCCCGGUGUAAAUCUCAAUUUGUCAGACAGAAAUGAGUCCGACCCUGCAUGGCUGUAUUCCAGAUCAUUAGUCAUGGAUGGCAAUUUCAAGGCAGAGCAUUUGUAUCCCACCAAUCCAAGCGAUGAGGUGGCAUUGACCGAUGGCUUGGGCUUCAUGGUCGGUGAUGCCCAAUACAAAAUGCAUCUAUCCCAGGUGCAGGACAUUGUGCAAAGGUCAGACUGUAACAACCACCGAGCGGUCAACCAGGCAAAUGCCUCACGCCACAAGCUGGAAGCAACAGGGAUAGGCGGAUGUGCUUGUGCGAGGCAUGGGUGUUUUGUUCCUCAUUCAAUGGUAGACUUUCAGAAGGGGGAAAGGCAGAUGAACAUGGAUUAUGCCCUGUGUCAAGCUCUGGGGUACAAUACCGAUGGGAUCAAUCGGGCAUUCACAUUCUAUGACAUUAAUUGUCAAUACAACAAGCAUCUCAGCAAGCGGAUUGAAGAGUCGCCUUAUCUUGACCUUCCAUGGGGCAUGGACAUUAUUCCUGGAAUUGGGCUGUGGCAUGUCCACGGCCAUCAAGAUAAAUGCUAUGUGAGGUAUGCGUCCAACUUCAUAACCGGUGCCGCCAGGAUCGACGGAGAAAUAAUGGAGACCCUGUGGGCACCCUUGAACAUCAUAUCACCAUCGGCAAGAGGGAUGUCCACCCCCCACCAAAAGGAGUGUUUAGACUUUCAAAUGAAUGACUGUAAUUUUAUGAAGAUGAUACGCAUCAGCAAAUUCCUUGGCAGAAAAUUCAAGGAGGCUGUGCAGGGUGUCCGAGACAGCCAGUAUGCAUUUGACCGGUUAAGCGAGACCGCUGAGGGUGAUACCCUUCACACAUGGGAAGCGGAGGCCACUGCCGCUCAGGAUGACCGACUUCAUAAUCCAAGUUCCAUGGACAUAUAUGAGGUUCAAUUGACAAAAUCGCCAACAAGAAAACAGCAAGAGUUACACCUGCUGAACCGUCAGGCUCAAUGGCUGGCCGGUGAGAUUCAUCAGGGUGCUGCUACUUGGCUAGCCUCUGGAAUUACGCUGGAAGAGGCUCAAGUAGCCCUCCUGAUCAACGUAAGAAAGCUAGGCAAACGGCUGACCGACACCCAGAAGCUGGCUGUGGCCUGGCAUCGUGACAGAUUGCAAGGCCAACUGGAUGAAUUUGUCAGGGUCGCAGUGACAUUUCUUGGCGAUGAAUUAAACGGCUGUGACCAUUUGGAUGGCAUGACGGUGAUGUUGAAUACAGUAGAAGCGGAUUCCAUUGGGUCGUCAUCCAAGGAUCCCGAGAGGUCAGAUGAUGAAGACCGAUAUGAUAUUCUGGUGAAGUUCAAUCCCGAGACCGUGGUGAUUCCAUUGCCGUCAAACAUCGGCAUCGAAAGAUGCGCCCUGUGGGGCGUUGCCGACCUGGUGCUGCAAGAGAUAUUAUUGAGAGAAGGCCAAGCAAAUGAUGCAUUACAUGCCGUCCGGGUCAACUUGGCCGACAAGGCCGUUCUGUUUCGCACCACGGUUCGGUCGGCAAAAUCCCAAGCACAGUCAACCAGGGCAUGGGCUCGGGUGCACUCAAUGGACAAGGUCCUACACCUAAACACGCAGAUAUACUCAAAAUGCCGCAAGCAGCUAAUCCAUCUCAGUGCCGAUGACUUAUUGUCCAAGUAUUGGCUGUUGGAGAAGGCCGACCUCAAGGCUACCAUGGUUGUUGCAGACCCAAACGCGCGCGGUCAAAGAAAUAGCACGUUAGCAUGGUUUUGGAGCAUUGAUGUUGAGGGGGAUUCUGCAAGCAAUGACUGGAUGAAUGAAUGUUUGCACUUCACCGACUUACCUGUUCCUGUGGGGUGCUAA